UGUGGUUUCUUCAUUUUUGGGAGGAGAGGAGAGGAGAGGAGAGAUUUGUUGAGCCGUUAUUUCCAUUCUUAUUUUUUCUGCCUAUUUGCGAUUUGCGAAGGUAAAAAAUGGGGACGGGAAAAACCAAAAAAAACUGCUCCUCCGCAACUCUCGCGGCCGCGAAUUGAAGGAGAGAUAUUGAGAGAAAUUUGCUGCGAUUUUCAAUCGAGGUUUCUGUAUAUCUAUGUAUAUUUAUAGAUAUAUAUAUAUACGUAUGUAUGAAUGACGUUCAACGUCGAUUCUUGGCUCGUCGUCUUUGGGAUUUGUGAAUCUUUCUGGAUCUCUCGAACGAGAGAUUAAAGAGAUUUCCCUCUGCACUCACUUCCGAAGUUCCCAUGGCGUUUCUUCCUCUGGUUCGCAGCCGCCCCAUGCCUCCUCUUUCUUAAUCAGGAUCAUGACUUUCCACCUGAGUCUCUUUGUUUUUUCUUCAUGAAAGCAUGCAAAGCCUUUUAUGUUUGUGUGGGUAUGUGUGUGCAGUUGAAACAGAUCUGGCGAGAUUUGUUUCAGCCGGAAUCGGACAACUGAACAUACAAUUGUCAUCUCUGUCGUAGCAAGCAUUUAGCAAUGGACGAAAAUGGGGGUGGCAAGCUAACUGGAAUUCGGCAGAUUGUUAGGCUCAAGGAAAUCCUGCAAAAGUGGCAAUCUGUCACCCUUAGCUCAAAGGGAAGCAAUGUUUCCAAUCAACCCCAUGAUGGCAUUUCACCAGCAAUUAAACAGAGGCUGAGGUACCCAAGUCAUACUUGCGAUUCAGAUGAGGAAAACUGCCAGAGCCUUGAACUGCCACCUCCCGAUGUUCCCAAGGGGUAUUUGGCGGUUUAUGUCGGGCCGGAGCUUCGGAGGUUCAUCAUUCCCACUCGCUAUCUUAGCGACCCGCUGUUCAAGGUGUUGCUAGAGAAGGCAGAGGAAGAGUUUGGAUUUGAUCACAGCGGCGGGCUCACAAUCCCAUGCGAGAUUGAGACCUUUAAGUACCUCCUGAAAUGCAUGGAGAAUAAUCAGAAGGUUAACAUCGAUGAUGCUGCAGGUUUGCUUCUACUUCCUUAUUUCCUUUCUUCCUCUUCUAGCUAGUUAGAAUUCACACGUCCAACAAUUUACGUACUGCUUAAAAGUAUACUUGAAUUUGGCUGUCAAAAGGUCAUGCUUUGGUUGCAUUAAGAUCGUGUUCCUCUUCAAUUUUCUUUUGAAGCAUGCCCUUCAUGCAUUUUCGGUUGCUUGCGUGCAUCCAUGAGUAUGGAUCAGAUCUAAUGACAUAUAGUUGCAUAUGUUCACUUUUAACACCAUAGUUGUUUUCCUGAACUUAAUUGAAGAUUUCUUGGUGAUUUUGCAGCUGGAAAAUCAUUAAGCGUUGAAGAGUGAAUAAAUUUAGCUGUUCCAUA